GAACUGCUGUCACAAUAGUUUUGUAGCGGCAAAUGAACGCAUGAAGUAUUUAUUAUAAACAGUUUGGUGGUGAUGUAUUUUCAAAACAAAAAAAUCGUUAGAUCGUUUUAUUUUUCUUUGGAAAAUGAAUGAAAACAAAAAUAUCGUUUGAAAACGCAGAAGAAAUACAUCCAGAUGCCGGGUUAACAUUAAGAAUAUUACAAUGUAUGGUUUAUGACUGCAAUUUCGUGUAUUUUCUAUACACUUCUUAUUCAUUUUUGUUCUGUCAAAACAAAUGUACAGUUUUCCUGCAUGUGUAUUUGGUUCUCUACUAGGACACUAUAUAAAAGUACACUGAAAAUCACAUACACACAUGUGUAAAUGUUUUUAAAAGUGGUUGAAGAUGCAUUGCUUAUACCUGUUGAAAUGGCAACAUUUUUCCUAAGAAAGUGUCACACUUCAUCUCUGUCUCAGUUUGGAAAAAUGUCAUAUUUCAGGUAAAUAACAGCAACAGUUCAGUUGUGUUUGAAUUUUCGUGUGGUGUGCAGUUAAAUAUUUACAAAUUUUCCAAUUGAUUGGCUGUGUAUUGUGUGUUAACGUAAAGAUAUGUCGGAAUCGUUUUUUUCUAAACACAAAAUGUUGGUUACACCAAUGAAAGAAUCAAAAGGAGCCGUUGUUGAUGAGGAGGUUAAACGUAUAGUGGAUCAUUUCUACGAUGAAAACCAAUUUAUGGCAAUGAUGGAGUUCAAAAGUUUGCGGCAGAAAAUAUCACUAAUUGCAAGCAAUGCAGUCAAAGAAGAUAAAAUAGUCGAGAAACUAUCUUUAGACAUUCUAUAUAAGUAUUACGAUCAGUUAUGUGCCCUGGAAAUGAGAAGUUCACCCACAGCCUUCGAAAAUUUAAGGGAUGAAAAAAUGCGUGCCUUAUUCAACAUUGGCGCUUUUUGUAGCUCUUUGGCAGAUUCACAAGACUGUUCAACGGAAUUUGGUUUUCAAUUCGCUAAUCAACUGCUCGAACAAAGUGCUGGCAUUUUUGCUUGUUUAUCGCCAUUUGCCGAUGUUGAUGGAGUAUCGAAUUUGGACACGGACGCAUUGCAGGCGCUAUCUAUUUUAGUAUUGGCUCAGGCACAAGAGCUAUUCGUAUUAAAAGCUAUAGAAGAAAUCUCUAAGUCAUCGUAUAUUGCCAUGCUUGCUUAUUCAUGUAAGGAACUAUUCUCUGGAGCAAGACAAUUGAUACAAAAUUCCAUUCUAUCCAGUCGAGAUACGGAUUUGGUUCAGAAGGUUACUGGAAAAGAGGCUGAACUCUACGCAACUGCCGAGUACCAUCAGAGUAUAGUGUGUUAUGAAAGCACCGAGGAAACAGUUCGACUGUACCAUGCUUCCGAUCUGUUCGGAACGGCUGAAACAAAGUUGGGCAAAUCAAAAUUAUACACCAAAUUCGGAAGUGAAAUCUACAUAAAAUUAGCAGAUUUGAAUAGUUUACGAUCCGAAUUAGAUGUUUCACUAUUUGAUGAGCCUACCAAAAAGCAAGUGGUAAAAGUUAUACCGUUCGACCGUAAACUCUCGUCAUCUUUCAAUGAUCUCUUUGACACAAUGGUUUCCGAUCAUACGAAAUACGCCAAAAUGAACGAUAACGUGGCGCUCAUCGAUGAAAUAUUUGAUGUCGAGUUGAAAAAAUUACAUGAUACUGAUGGAUUAUUAGCCAAAAAUUCUAGUGUUGAUUUAGCGGAAAAAGUUCCAAAAAUUGACGUUUGCCAACACGAUGCACUUCUACAAUCGAUUCUGGCAAUGGCAAACUAUAUUCGAAAUCAAGGUGGCGUCGAAAGUUUACGCAAGAAAAUGGUUGAAUCGACCGAAAUUUUAAACAAAACCAAAGAAGUAUGGAUUAAUUGUGAUUACUUGUUGAACAAAGAAAAUAAGGAUGACACUCGUUUACGCAAACAGUUUAAAGCAAAAUGGACACUCACUCCAUUUGAUGAAUUAUGCGAAACACUCCGUGCUACCGCUGGCAAAUACCGUGAAUUCAUUCGAAAGGCAAAACUAGCGGAUAAAACUGCUCGCAACGCAUUCAGCAAGCACGUAACUGCAAUGGAGCAUUUGCAACUGGUUGGAUGUGCUGCAACAGUUGAUGGUGAAAUCGCAGAACGAAUGCAAGAAAAUCGAGAUAUUACUGAUCUGCCGGAGAGCGAACAACAAUUGAUCCAACGUGCAUCAACUGAAAUGAAUGGGAACAACGCUCAUACUGAUAUUGCAUCAGAUGAUAAAUUGACGGAUUCGAAUUUGGAGGAGGCCUACGAUUGCUACAAGAUACUGGAGAUUGACAUGGAGUGUGCUAAUACCUUCUACAAUAAUUUAUCUCAACUGCUGGACGAUUUUCAAAAACAAGUGUCCGAUCUUUGUUCUACGCGUAAAGCUGAGAAGGAAGCCCUAUUGUGGAGCUUAGCAGCAUGAACUGUUAUUCUGUAUCCACAAUCCACAUUGACCUGAUCCAAUGAGACCACCCGCUUCAGUAUUCUAAUUUGUCUAUGCCAAUCGCAAUACUUUUUUCCUUCUCACAAAUAUAUUUUUCACAAAUGAUAUUGUAUUCCAUUUUUAUAUGUUUUUUUCUUUAUUUUCAAUAAAUAUUUUUUCGGAUUGAAAGGGA